CAUCAAUUUUGAUUCAAUUAUUCACACAAAAAAGUUGAUAAAAUCUAGUCACCGUUAAAAACCAAAACUUCCCCCACCAGACUCACCAACCAAAUUCAUCACUCAGCUGUUGACUUGUCAAGCUCAGACUGAAACCCGCCGCAUCAACAACCAGUCAACCAGCAUGGCGUUGGCGUCGGAGUUGGAGGUGAUUUUUACGGAGGAGGUUCCCGAUUUUCCGGGGAAUUUGAAGUACCUUUCUGGUUAUGGGAACCACUUCUCGUCGGAAGCUAUUGCCGGAGCUUUGCCACAAGGACAGAACAGCCCCCUUCUUUGCCCGUUUGGGUUGUAUGCCGAGCAAAUUUCCGGCACUUCUUUCACCGCUCCUCGCAAGCUUAAUCAUCGAAGUUGGUUAUAUCGUAUCAAACCAUCAGUUACCCACGAGCCCUUUAAACCUCGUGUCCCUGGAAAUGAGAAACUUAUUGCAGAUUUCAAUCAAUCCAACAGCUCUGCUAAUCCGACGCAACUUCGGUGGAAGCCUGUAGAUAUUCCGGAAGAUCCUACUGAUUUUAUUGAUGGUUUGCAAACUAUUUGUGGGGCAGGCAGUUCCUAUCUCCGCCAUGGAUACGCAGUUCACAUGUAUACUGCAAACAAAUCAAUGGACAACUGCGCCUUCUGCAAUGCUGAUGGAGACUUCUUAUUUGUUCCUCAGGAAGGAAGGCUAUGGAUCACGACAGAGUGUGGAAAAUUGCAAAUUAUUCCUGGUGAAGUUGCUGUGGUGCCUCAAGGAUUUCGUUUCUCUGUCAGCUUGCCUGAUGGUCCAUCACGGGGCUAUGUUGCUGAGAUAUUUGGGACACAUUUCCAGCUUCCAGAUCUGGGUCCUAUAGGUGCUAAUGGUCUAGCUGGUGCAAGAGAUUUUCUUGUUCCCGUUGCUUGGUUUGAGGAAACUCCUUGUCCAAAUUACAUAAUCGUUCAAAAAUAUGGUGGAGAAUUAUUUACUGCAAAACAGGAUUUCUCUCCCUUCAAUGUAGUUUCCUGGCAUGGCAACUAUGUCCCAUACAAGUAUGAUUUGAGCAAGUUCUGUCCUUACAAUACUGUAUUGGUGGAUCAUGGGGACCCAUCAGUAAACACAGUGUUAACUGCCCCGACAGAUAAGCCUGGUGUGGCGUUACUUGAUUUUGUCAUUUUCCCUCCUAGGUGGCUAGUUGCGGAACACACAUUUCGGCCUCCUUAUUAUCACCGCAAUUGUAUGAGUGAGUUUAUGGGCCUAAUUUAUGGUAAUUACGAGGCUAAGGCUGACGGGUUUCUACCUGGUGGUGCUAGUCUGCAUAGCUGCAUGACACCUCAUGGUCCUGAUACUAAGACUUAUGAGGCUACCAUUGCAGCCGGGGAGAAUGCAGGGCCACACAAAAUAACUGAUACCUUGGCUUUCAUGUUUGAAUCAUAUCUGAUUCCACGAGUUUGCACUUGGGCUCUCGAGUCACCCUACCUCGACUGUGAUUACUAUCAAUGCUGGAUUGGACUCCGGUCACACUUUCGCAAAGAGGAAUGUCCUAAACCCUCCAGUACUCGGGACUCAGGAUAGGAGGCUUGGCUAGAUUCAGUCCAUACAGAGACUAGUCCCCGUCUUCCAACUAGUUUUCUGAUUCAGAUCUUAUGGUAUCUCAGCUCUUAGUUUAUGUAGAUAAAUAAUGGAAUGUAUUUGCACUCUGCAACUGUACUACAAUUUUGUUAAACUAUACAGCAAAUGGGUUAAUAUACAUUUAAGAGUAUUAUUAUUAACCAGAA